UACUCCGUUUCAAUGGGUUUAACCAUGAGCUUCUAACCCGUGACGGUCAUGAGGAAUUUUGUUUGCCCCUGUCUGCUCUCCCAAAUACUGAGGAAAGGGUUUUGAGGAGUGGAGGAGCACAGAGCUUGGUGGCCAGUCUGAGGUUUUCCAAUCUGAAGGAGUGCAGCCUGGCACCAGGGAAUAAUCAGCUUGAUGUUGUGCAAUCGGACAACCGGAAUGCCUCGUGGAGACUUCAACGUCUACUUUGCCAGCGGACGGAGAGGAUAUGUCAGAGCUGAGGAGGCAGUUGGCAUAGGUCUUCUGGUUGUUGUCCUCGCUGGCCUCUUCAUUCUAGGCUGCUGGUACCUCAAGAAGAGGAGCGGCUACAAAAUAAUCAGGAGCACCGGCUCAGGAUCUGCAGGUUUUACAGGAGGCCAGUACUCAGAGCCAGGAACUUCAGCAGACAACAAAAUGGCUCUUGCUGACUUUGGCAGCUUCCGAUCAGUGGUUCCCAAUGCUCCUCCAGCCUAUGAGAAGAUUUCUUCAGGACCACUGCCGCCUCCUUAUUCCCCCUAAGUGAGAAAGACCAACAUCUACAGAGAAACACAAACAUGUGAAGACCAAACUCAGAA